CAUGCCGCAGCAAUUACACAUCAUUACUUUAUACAUUGCAUCCCAAGGGUGACAAUGUCGAUCGAAGAACACCAUGGUUACUUCACGGCUAACAAAUAAUUCCGUCUGACUACCCAAUGCAGCAAUUGUUUGCAGUUUUGAACUUGAACUCAUCGGGUUUAGUUUACGGAGAGAGCCUCUGUCGGACAUUUAUCGUGGAAAAUCGAAAGAUUAUAUACUUAAAGAAAAGGCUUUCAUAUGUUUACAUCAAUGUUUAAGUGCGCCGAUAAUGCAAUUAAUAAUUUUUAGAAUACAAUCUACGAUUUAGAUCGUUGUUCUUCUAUGACACUUCGCUAAUCAUGUUCACUCCGUCGCCAAAGUCCCAAGGACAAGACAAGGGCAAAGUGCGAAAAAAAUGGCGGCCGUUCCGCGCGACGGACUUUGAAUCCUUGAUGUAUCCCUGUUUCAUUUUCUGUACUAUUUUCGGAUUAUUUCCGUACAAGAACAACGGUUCGACCUUGGAGUUUUCCAAAGUGGGCUAUAUCGUGUCGACCAUCGUCGUAGCUGUCGCCGGCAUUUGGGGACUGACGGUACUCUUCGAGGUCAAUAUUGAUGGGAACAUUAAAUUCAGCGGCGUACCUGGAGCCCUUCAAUGUAAUUGCUACUAUAUACUCGGUGGUGUCAUAGCGGUUAUCACGUAUAUCAUGACCAAAAAGCGGAUAUUAUUGCUCCAGUCCAUGUUAGAGAUUUCUUCGAAACUGCCCCCGGAAUUGUAUCGGAAGAUGUCCAAGAUGGUUCAUGCUAAGGACAUUAUCGGUUUCCUUUUCGUACUAGUACAAUUGUAUAACUGUAUAGAUUCCAUCGAUUAUGGCGAUUUCUUCCUCAAGACGAUGUCGUUUUAUCUCACUAUGCUGGUGUUUCAAAUGGAUAUGCUGUACAUGGAUUGCGUUUAUGUACUGAAGGCCUGUUUCACACAACUCAAUGACAAUCUGCUGAGUUUGCGAGAACUUGUGGUGAGCGAUGAGCCGCAUCUCCUCAGACGUAUCUAUCAUGAGCAGAGAAAUCCAUAUCUGCUAAUGGAGCUCAAAGCCCUAAAGAAGCGACAUCUGAUAGUCAGCGAUACCGUACAUUUAUUGAAUACGGUUUUCAGUAUGCAAAUUCUCACCACAAUAGUCAUGACUUUUGCCGAAAUUACUUUCGGUUUGUAUUUCUACAUAGUGGCGUGGCAAGGGGAGAAGGGGGAUGUUAUCGAUCUCGAGAAACAGAUCUGGUUUAAAUACUACAUCACGUCUGUAACAUAUUAUUCUAUCAAAAUAGUACUUAUAGUGUGGGCCUGCGAUACAGGCAAGGAUCAGGCCAUGCAGAUUGGCACUACUGUACACGAUGUCCUUAUCAGCACCAGCGAUAAACAGAUUAAAGAUGAGUUGCAGCUGUUCUCCUUGCAAAUAUUGCACCGCGAAAAUUCAUUCACCGCGAAGGGUCUCACUGUUGACGCAACACUUCUUACUGCGUUUCUACUAUUUAAUAACGAUUUACCGGCAUCAGCGGUAGUAGCAACAGCGACGUCCUCGAAAGUGAGUUUUCAUUCAAUGCGGAGGCAUGUGGGGUGUAGUCGGAUCGUGAUCUAUCGUCAAGGUUAA